CAUGCGUGAACCGGUUGUGUCUUCUGGGACUAUCAAGUAGUGGCAGUCGUAUCUCGCGAGAGAACUAAACAAAAAGCUCUAUGUUUCUUCUUCUUACUGUCAGGUUGCAGCCAUGUCUUGAAAGCUUCAUACCGCUACCUACCAUACUGUAGACUUUAGUGCGGGCCAUACGACGAGAAAGUGGCGCGUGUUCAAAUCUAUGAGCGCUUUGAUGUUUCUCUCGCGAGAUCUGACAACGCCGCGUGGGAACAAAACAGGAAGAUGAUACAGCAAAAUGGCGUUUGAUAAACACCUUAUUAUAUUCAUUAUAAUUUUAUGUUCCUAAUCUGUGCGUACUUGUACUCUUAUGUGUCGUGUAUAAUAGAGUAAACAGCGUAAAUAAUUGUUUACAUGCGGAUACAUUAGUCCGAGCGCACUUUUGACGCUUCUCGUGCUAGCUUAGCGUGCUAGUUAGCUUAGCUUGUUAGCCGCUAACAAAGAGACGCAGAAGUGAUCAACACGUCGCUAAGCAGAGAUCACAUGUGAGUGUAAAGUGUUGGGAUUGUGUGAAAAUGUGCGAAAGAACGACAGCAGAGUACGAGGAGGAACUUUCUCCAAUAAAAGAGGAGAAGGAGCGACAACAUCAACUACUGGACGCAGUUUUCAAGGAACAUCAAGUUGUGUCACACAGAACAGAUGUCUGUAAAGAACAUCUUCUCCCUGAGCAGCAGGAGGGGACCUGCCGGAUGGAGCAGGGAAAACCACAACCCCGCCACUUUAAAGGGGAGGAGGGGGAGUCACAGCCUCCUCACAUUAAAGAGGAAGAGAAGUCACAUCCUCCUCACAUUAAAGAGGAAGAUGAGGAAUACUGCAUCACUCAAGAAGGAGAGCAUAAUGGACUGGAGGAGGUCGAUGUCACCAAGAUGCCACUGACUGAUGUCACUGUGAAGAGUGAAGGUGAGGUCAAAGGUGAAAGUAAGGAGAAAAGAGAGGUGGAGCCUUCAAGCAGCAGCUCAAUUCAACACAUGAAAAUAGAAGCUGAUGAAGACCACUGUGGAGGAUCACCAGCAGACAAGCUCUUAGCUCCACUGUCAGAUAGUGAGGACACAACGUCACACUCUCCUGACACUGAUGAUGACAUGUCAUGUCACGCUGACAUCACACACUAUAAAUGCUCUCACUGUGGCAAAACUUUCAAAUAUCAUUGUCAUUUAAAAAUACACAUCAGAACACACACCGGUGAAAAACCAUUCAUGUGCUCAAUUUGUAGCAAAAGAUUCUCCCGGAAAGAACAAUUGAAAACUCACACAAAAAUACACACUGGUGAGAAACCUUAUUCCUGUUCAAGUUGCAACAAAAGCUUCGGAGAAAGGGCAAAACUUGUACUACACAUGAGAACGCACACCGCUGAAAAACCGUACAUGUGCUCAAUUUGCGGUAAAAGUUUCUCUCAAAAGCAGCAUUUGAAAGCACAUGCAAAAAAGAUUUCAUCUUCAACCCACGGUAAAAUUUUUACACAAAAUACUGAUUUGAAACCAUAUAAGACUCCACACACCGGAGACAAACCAUUCAUGUGCAUAAUUUGUAAGAAAAGAUUCUCUCGAAAGGAACACUUGAAAAUUCACCUCAGAACACACACUGGCGAAAAACCAUAUUCCUGUUCCAAGUGCUGGAAAAGCUUUGGAGAAAAAUCCAAACUCAUAUUACAUACGAGAACGCACACUGGUGAAAAACCAUAUUCCUGUUCAUGCUGCGACAAAAGCUACGCCGACCGAUCAGCGCUUGUAAAACACAUGACUCGGCGCACCGGUGAAAAACCUGUUAUCUGCUACGUCUGCGGUAAAGGUUUUGUACAAAGUGAAGAUUUGAAAGAACACAUGGAAAUGCACGCUGAGAAAGUGUUGAGCUGCAGUGCGUGUGCUGAAAUAUUCCUUUCUAAGGACCAAUGUAACAAACACAAGUGUGCUGGUGAGAACAGAAGCAGCAAAUGAAGCUGCAGAAUUUUGAGAAAAUUGUCAAGAUUUUGUAACAACAUCUCCACAUAUAACAUGACAUCAUUGUCGUGCGUGACGAUAUCCUGUUGAAUAUGUUGUUACCUUUUAUAGACUGGAAUGUUUUAGAUGAGGGAUUUUAUUUCAGUCUACUACAUGCAUUAAUACACAACAUUGUGAAACAUGUUUAUAAAGAAAAAAAAGUCAUUUGAUGGAAAAGGUUGAAACUGAAACAGUUUAUUCUGUAUGCAUUUUAUUUUUGACUUUUUCAUUCAUUUUAGAAAUGUAAACCGUACAAAACAUAUUACUUACAAUAAACAUUUAAUUCAGUGUUAUGCUGAUACAAAACAGUGUUUUUCCAAAUCUGUUUUAAAUGUGUGGAGUUUCUGUAUAUUUUCAUGUCUAUUUUUAAAUGAUUAUAGGUGAAUUAUUUUAUAUGAUAUACAUAUUUGUUUUACAUUUGUUUAUUCCUUUUUUUUUACACAUAAAUCACUCUUGGUUCAUAUGUAUUGGUUCACAUCUGAAACAUCUUCUGGAAGCAUAUUAUGUUCUCUAAACAUCAUUUCAACACAUUUGUGUUCUACAAGAUUAUUUCCUUUUCAAAUGUGACUUUAUGACUCAUCGGUUGAUAAGCCGUUCUAUUAUCAUGGUUACUCUAUUUUGUAUAUGAAUAUUGCUUUUGUUAUUGUUUUAUUUGUAUGUCCACAGACAUUUAUUCAAUAAGCAAUGUCUGCUUCAACAAAAGUU